UUUACCUUCGAAUUAUUUUUUAACACGAUUAUACAGAGUUUAACAUUAGUUUCUUUCUAAGUAAGUUUAGAUUACAAAAAACUAAAUGUGUCAGUCUUCGAUUAAUAAAAUUAUCAACAAUUAAAAAAAUUGCUGUCUUGCGAGUAUGCUGUUCUGUCAAGUGAAAAGAAUGAAAGGCCUCACUGCCUCACUAACAUUUUCUCUCAUAUAAGUUCCGGAAGUCAGCUGAUUAGUAGAAACAAAUGUAGUUACACACAAGUCUGAUAUUUUUACACGUUUCUUUUUCAACAAACCUAUUUAAUCAUUCAUAAUAGUAUAUAGUAAUUUACAUUGAGUUUUAUUAAUAUAAACACAAACGACAUUGAGAAAAAUUCUCUUAGCUCUUUUUCACAAUAAGAUAAUCAAACAUUUACAAAAUAUCAUUAUACGCGUUACGUUAUACAUUUAUUAUUUGUCUGAAAGGAAAUACUAUCUAGAGUUUCUUUUAAAUUAGGAAUCAUCAUAGUAUAGUGUACAAAUAAUGUAUUCUUACACUUCAAGGAAAAUAUCAACCAAUCGUAAAGAUUCGUAUAGCUAUUUGUGCACUUAGCUAUAAUAAAUCAUAUAUUUAUAAUAUAUAUAGUAUAAUCAAUGUAAUUUAUAUAUUGAUAUUUAAAUACUAUGACUAAAUUAUAUAAUUAAUAAUAUGUUUCAUAAAAAAAAUUCAAUAAAAAAAUUGCAAUGUUAUGAUUUCCAAACAUUAGAUAUAUUUACUAUACAUUAUCUAGAAAUUUAGAUAACGUCAAAGGAAUGAAUAUAAAAAAUUCAAGAUCGUUAGUUUCUAGAAUCACAUUGUUUUGUUUUGAUCAAGAACAAAUUCAAUCAUUUUCUAUUUACAAUUAUUUAGAUUUUAAAUAUUAUAAGAUUAUUUUAUAGAAAACUAAAGGAAAUAAAAUUUUCUUAUAUACAAAAAUUCUGUAUUCAGAUUUUAAACGAGCUGAAUGAAUGAAUCAGUUAUGAUUCUAUACAUAAAUAAAUAAAAUAUUAUUGAAUUUUUGUGUACGUGUGAUCAAUUCAAUUAAUUAAAUAGUAUUCAUAAUGAAUAUUGUUCGAAUUAAUUCGAGAAAUGUGAUUUUUAUUCUUCUGGCGAUUUUUUCGACUACUGUCAAACAGGCUCAUAUGGGUUAUGAGACUGCAAUUAAAUAUGCUCAAAGAGAAGCUAAUGUAAACUCUACACCAGCAUAUAGUAGUACAAAGGAAGAAAUUUCAAGAUUAUGUCCAAGUGGUAUUACUUGUUCACAAUUAAGUGGAGAUUGUAUAAAAUGUAAUUUAGAUCCUAAUUGUGUAUAUGGAGCUGUAUAUGUUGCUAAUUGUUCUGUUCUAGAACAUAUUGAUUGUGUUGGUGAGCAAUCCUUUCAAAAGAAAUAUAUAUGUCGUUACUGUUAUCAAACAGAACAUUGGGAGCAUGAAUGCCAUCAAAAAAAUUCUUGUAGUUCUGUUGCUUCUCCACGACAAUAUUACAGAACAAAUUGUACAGUAAAUGGUGAUAUAUUAUGUCUAGGAAGACGUAAAUUUAUGAAAAAUUUAUUAUGCAAUUGGACUGUGGGAUAUCGUUGGUCUACUGCUUUAAUUUUAAGCAUCACAUUAGGAGGCUUUGGAGCUGAUCGAUUCUAUUUGGGUCAUUGGCAAGAAGGAAUUGGUAAAUUGUUUAGUUUUGGAGGACUUGGAGUAUGGACAUUAAUUGAUGUAAUGCUUAUUUCUAUGAGAUAUUUAGGUCCAGCAGAUGGAUCAUUAUAUAUUUAAAUAGAUUUAAAAACAAUCAUAUUGUAUAUAAAAAAAGGAGAAAAAUUUAUAAUUUCAACAUUAGUUUUAUAUAUGUAUAUUACUUAUUCAGUCAAAUAGUAGUAUUUAAAUAAAAUAUGAGAAUUUUAUUUAUCACUUUUCAAAGAACUGAAUUGUAAUGUGAUAUGUACAUACAUAAAUCAUUAAAUAGAAACUUUCAUAAUCAUAAGAUCUUUAUUAUUAUAUAAU